AUGGAGAAGAAUUGUCUCGUCACGGUCGGCGCCACCGUGGGCUUCCCCGAUCUGACUCGUGCGGCUCUCGAGCCUGCAUUCUGGGGUCAUCUCGCCUCGCGUGGCUUCACGUCUUUGAGGAUACAAUGUGGUCCAGAUAUUGACUGGGCAACAUCUGAUUUGGCCUCAAAAAGACAUCUCUCGAAGGAAGGCUACGCCAUUCACAGCUCCACGAAGCUCGAUCAUCUCAAAGAAGCAGUCGAUAAGAUUGACUUGCUGCGGGAGGAGAACCAAACUCGAUGGCCACCACACUCGCCCGAGCGCGGAGCUACUGAGCAACCAGUCAGCAUAUGGAACAUCGAGGUCGUGGAGGCGCACAAGGAAGAGGCUUCACAGUUGGCUCAAGGCUAG